AUGUCAAAACGACCCUUUAGCGAGAUCCAAAACAACGCGAGUCCACAGCCCCGCCGGUCCCGUCGGUUGCAGGAUCUCUUCGGCCCCUUGGACCAACCGUCAGUGUAUACGCGUACCGAUUGGGACUCCAAGGAGCUCCUCUAUCACCUUGAGCAACAGAAGAGGUAUAGAAGGCUCCAGCGUCGUUCUGAAUCGGAGCCUCCGCUGCCAGAUAGCCAACUGCCGGAUCCACACUGGGACCCUCAAGCACCGUUUGCAUGGCCUACCGUCCCCCGAACCCCACGAGUCCCCACUCCACUAUCUCAGCCCCCGCCUUCACCAACCGACCAAAAUCCGGAGUCCCGCCUUGAAUCACAGCUGCCCGAGCAUCAAACCCCACUAUCCUCACCUCAUCCAUCCGACCACUUUCAAUCUAUUGGACCGGCAACUCACCACAUCCAUGACAGCGAUAGGCCCAUGGUUGGCCAGACACCAUCGCAUUUCGAAAUCACCCACUCAUGGCGAGACCCGUCACUCCGCCAAACUCUCGACAUUCCCAACAGCACCCCUGUCUCUAGAGCAUGCCCAUUCUGCAUACCCGUUGGACACGAAAGCUUCUCCAGCCUUUUUAGAGACCCCACGGCGAAGAUUUGUAGCUACCAUCGUCGAAUGGCUGUAUGGGAAAUACAAAUGAACCUGCUUCGCCUUGGGCCACUGAUCACUCAUGCGACAAGGCAUCGCGAUGCGCUUGUCGAAGAACGAGAAUCAUAUCAUCAGCUACUGGAACAGAUGGAGCACUCCGGGUCCGCGUAUAACUAG